AUGGAAUUUGAAAACGACACAAGCAAAAGACCAACUAAUAUCAAAUCACCCAAUAUUUAUAAAAAUCCUAUUAAAAUGCUUGAAUAUCUUAAAGGUGAGCUGAAAUUUACACUUUCCGAAAAUCCUUCGGUAACAGUAUGUUUAGAAGUCGAUAAAAAUAAAUAUUACAGCACAGCACAAUCAAGAGCUAUCGCCAGUCGCAACGCAGCAGUUUCAGCUAUAAAAUGUUGGUAUCAAAGUGAUUAUUCGCUUGUAAAAAAUUCCUUUGAAAGAUCUCCAAAAAUCUUACGAAGGUAUUAUCCCGACCUUAAAUUUACUAGUGAAUCUAAUGGAAGCAAUUAUUUGGUUUACUUAAAUAUAGGGGAUAGAGUGUUUAGAGGAUAUGGAGAAAAUCCUUGGUUGGCAAAAAAAGAUGCUUGCAUUAUGGGUAUGCGUUAUCUAAUUAAUUUAAAGGUUGAAAGUUUUUUGUCCAAACGUUUAGAAGAUAUUGAAGUAGACGAGGCUUUUCAAGUAUUAGGAUUACUUAAUUGUAGUCUCAAUUGUACAAUUGUAAGAAAAAACUUAUUUAAAAUGUGCCUUGAAGUCGAUAAUCAGAAGUACUAUGGGUCAGGGAAAUCAAAAGUUUAUGCCCGAUUUGAUGCAGCAAUAGAAGCACUAAAAGACAUUUGCACAUUCUACGACGCAAGCACUUCAAAACUUUUCUCACAAAAUAAGGCAUUAAAAAAGGCACUAGGAAGAUUUCGCAGAUUGGGAGAUACCAUUAUAGACAUAAAUAUAAAUGAUCCUACAAACGUUCUUGAAGUAUUCAAUAGAUUAUAUUAUGAAUCGAGUUUUACCUACACUAGGUCAUGGAAUCCGAUAGAUAAUCCACAAUGUAGAUUUACAGCAUCAGUGAAAAUAAAUGAUCAGAUUUUUACAGGAACUGGACCUAAUAAAAAAAUAGCAAAACAAUCUGCUGCCGUUGCUGCUUUAAGUAAACUUGAGGACCAUAUUUCAGCAGAGAUGUGUAGUUAUUCGAUUCUUCAAAAGGACCAGUGCUUUUCUGAUUCCAUUGGGCGCUUAGUUAAUGAUAAAUUUAACGCUCUAAUGGUCAACGAUAAAGUCCAUAUGAAACGAAAAGUUCUAGCAGGUAAGACAUUUUGGUAG